GUUGGAAUUCUGCCCGGCGCAGCUCUUUCGCCCGGGAUUCAAGGGCCUCGCACUCUGAUCCAUUUUGCUGCUGUGACCGGCUUAGUGAGUACUGCAUCUCAAGAGGCGCGCAUUGUUCUACAUAUUCGAAAUGGCUGCUCCAAUUUCUACGGUCGCGGAGACCAAGGAGCUCCGGGGUCUGAACCUCAUCGCUGCCCAUUCGCAUAUUCGGGGACUUGGUGUCGAUGGGGAUUCCUUGCAGCCCAGGACCUCUUCGCAGGGCCUCGUGGGCCAGGAAAAGGCUCGAAAGGCAGCUGCAGUCAUUUUGCAGAUGGUGAAGGAAGGGAAAAUUGCUGGUCGCGCCGUGUUGAUCGCCGGACCUCCUAGCACGGGUAAAACCGCGAUUGCCAUGGGUAUGGCCCAAUCCCUGGGAUCGGAUGUCCCUUUCACGAUGCUCGCCUCAUCGGAGAUCUUUUCGAUGGAGAUGUCCAAGACGGAAGCCCUCACCCAAGCUUUCCGGAAAUCGAUCGGCGUCCGGAUUAAAGAGGAAAGUGAAAUCAUUGAGGGAGAGGUUGUGGAAAUUCAGAUCGAUCGGAGCGUUACGGGCGGCAAUAAACAAGGAAAGCUCACGAUCAAAACCACCGACAUGGAGACGAUUUACGACAUGGGCACGAAAAUGAUUGAUUCGAUGACCAAGGAGCGAGUGAUGGCAGGAGACAUCAUCUCCAUCGACAAGUCAUCCGGCAAGAUCACCAAGCUCGGACGCUCCUAUGCCCGAUCCCGAGACUACGAUGCGAUGGGUGCUGAUACCAAAUUUGUUCAGUGUCCCGAGGGUGAACUUCAGGUGCGCAAGGAAAUUGUACACACAGUGAGUCUCCACGAGAUCGACGUGAUCAAUUCGCGUUCACAAGGGUUCCUGGCUCUCUUUUCGGGAGACACGGGUGAGAUCCGGAGCGAAGUUCGGGAUCAAAUCAACACCAAGGUGGCUGAGUGGAAGGAAGAGGGCAAGGCGGAAAUUAUCCCCGGAGUCUUGUUCAUUGAUGAAGUACACAUGCUUGACAUUGAAUGCUUCUCCUAUGUCAACCGUGCCUUGGAGGCUGAACUCGCCCCCAUCGUGAUCAUGGCUAGUAACCGUGGUCAUGCUCGGAUUCGGGGAACGACCUACAACUCCCCUCACGGACUGCCUCUUGAUUUCCUUGACCGUGUGGUGAUCGUUAGCACCCAGCCAUACUCAGCCGACGAAAUAAGACAAAUCCUAGCCAUCCGAGCACAGGAGGAGGAGAUCGAUCUGUCCCCAGACGCUCUGGCACUUCUCACCAAGAUUGGACAAGAGUCAAACCUCCGAUAUGCCAGUCAUAUUGUCACAACAUCCCAUCUUCUGUGUCAGAAGCGGAAGGCAAAGGAGGUCAGCAUUGAUGACGUUCAGCGCAGCUACCGAUUGUUCUACGACCCUGCCCGAAGUGUCAAGUUUGUCAAUGCCUAUGAGCAGCGCUUCAUCGGUGACCAGGGAUCGGUGAACUUCUCCGCGGCAGCAGCGAAUGGGGAUGCCAUGGAGAUCUCGUGAAGUGACUCUGAAAUGAAUGGUCUAAAUUGGGCCUGAUGUUGCAAGAAUGGAGUAAACAGGGUGAUUGAGCGUGUGGAAAAGAAAUAAAAAUUUGUGAGAUGUUUUUCGUUACUUUUCAUUUUCUUUAUUAUUAUUCCCUUGGUUUUCUUUACAACAUCAAGUGAUGUACGAUAAUGCUGGCGCUUUGCUCAGAAAUCAGCUGUGUGGGUAUUUUGUUAUUGGGUCUCGAAUUGGAAUCUGUUAAAUCAUAGCAUUAAAAGAGCGUGUCUACGCUCGAACGAUAAUUGUGAAACGAAACAUCCCAGGAUGUGGCUUGAUACUCCACAGAUUGGCUCUUGAUGUAUGUCUUUUGUCCAUGUAACUCAUUAUCGAGAGAAAUCAGCUUCCCUGCUCCAUUCGCCCGUGUCUGUAGUCCGUCGAAACUCAACGCCCUCGCCAAAGUAACCAGCGUGUUUCCAUGACUCCAUCGUUGCACUAUCGUAUGGACCAUGUACUAUUCCACCGUCGCGGGCAUCAGACCAACGGAAUUGCCACAUAGUAAGAGCUUGAGGAUCACCGUUGGUCGUGGUGUCCUCCUCCGGCGGAUCAACCCAUUCUUCCCCGGUUUCCCGACGAUAUUGCCGAGUCAGUAGCUCACGUUCCGUAUCGUAUAUGUCGGCUUGGCCCCUGGUCAUGAGGAUAUCCGCCGCCCCCGUAAUAUCCUCAAUGGCCUUCUUCCGCGCAGCCUCUUUCGGAUCAUCUUCAGUCAUAUCCGUAUCUUCGACUGCGGUCUCCUUUUGCUUGGAUCUAUUCUUGUUGCGGUUGUUCUGCCAUUUCGGCUUUUUGGGGGCUCCCUUGCCUAUCCUGGCCAAUGCCUCAAGUAUCGUUUCGCCCCGCUUGAGGUUGAUGAUAAGGGUUUUCAAGACAUCUGACGCAAGAACACUAUCGUUCGCCCUGUCCUUUUCCUUCCUCUCAGUCUCUCUUUUGUCGGCAGCCUCCUUCGCGCGUCGAAUCUCCUUCUUCGAGACGCCUUCCAGCCACGUAUCGUAGACUGCAUCGGGGUCGACAGCUUUUCGAAUGUAGUUGCCUUGCUCAUCGAAUUUGCCUUCUUCUUGUUCCGUCUUCAUGUUGAAAGCGUCAAGCAAGGGCGCAUGCUUUUUCUUCGAUCCUGCCCCUAGCUCCUCGUCCAUUUCCCCGUCGACUUUGGCACGUUCUUCCUCUCCAAUUUCACUGUCGCUUUCUGCCUCGUUCACGUCUACUUCGCCGGGCCCUCGGCUUAGAUCCGCAUGUAAUGUGCCUCCACCCUUUGAUCCGGCGACUUGACCCUCAAUUUCGUCAUCUCGCAGGAAGCGUACAUUCUUCUUGUUCUUGCGCAUGGCCUCGUCGGCAUCGACUUCCUCUGCGCCGAAAUCCUCUUGUAGUUCCGCAAACAUGUCGUCAUCGUCGGCAUCCUGUUUCGCGCGACUGGCCUUUGACUUGGCUUCCGACCGCGCAUCGAAGCCUUCGUUGUCGCUGUCAGAGUCGUAACCGUCUAGAUUGACGGCUUUACGGCGCACUUGUUGUCCACGACGGCCAAUUUCGUCUGCAUCUAAAACAACAUCGUCGUCCAAGGCAUCUGGGGCAAGUGUGGAGGGGUUUCGCAGGUCAAACCGCGGUUUCUUCGAUGAAGGAUCGUUCGCAUCGUCUUCUUCAUGGUGUGUUCGCGAGAAGUCUUCACCCGCCCGCUUGGGGCGAGCUUGAAAGCCAGACAUUGGAAGUCGGGUUUGCGUAUAAUGGGAAGGGCUAAUUUCGACUGAGAUGACAAAGAUAAAGCAAUUUCCGCAAGAGUCGAAGUUAGAAAAAAAGCUACGAAAGUGAAAG